AUGAGUGGAAGCAAUGGACAGACGGACACCCACCCCUAUCAAUCCUUAGCCGAGGAUCGCCCCUUUGGCUCUGUGGAGCAACCCAAGAGAUCCACGGGGAGACUCGUCAUGCACAGCAUGGCCAUGUUCGGCCGAGAGUUUUGCUAUGCAGUGGAGGCAGCUUAUGUGACGCCAGUUCUGCUCAGCGUGGGUCUGCCUAAGAGCCUGUACAGCAUGGUGUGGCUCCUCAGCCCCAUCCUGGGAUUCCUGCUACAGCCCGUGGUGGGAUCAGCCAGCGAUUACUGCAGGGCCAGGUGGGGUCGCCGGAGACCCUACAUCCUGACUCUGGCCAUCAUGAUGCUCUUAGGAAUGGCUCUGUACCUCAAUGGAGAUGCGGUUGUAACAGUUUUGGUUACCAACCCGAGGCAGAAGCUGGUCUGGGCCAUAAGCAUCACCAUGAUAGGCGUGGUUCUCUUUGACUUUUCUGCUGACUUCAUUGAUGGGCCCAUCAAAGCCUACCUAUUUGACGUCUGCUCCCACCAGGACAAGGAGAAGGGCCUCCACUACCAUGCCCUCUUCACAGGUUUUGGAGGUGCUCUUGGCUACGUUUUGGGUGCCAUAGACUGGAUGCAUCUAGAACUGGGAAGGCUGCUGGGCACGGAAUUCCAGGUCAUGUUCUUCUUCUCCGCCCUGGUUCUCACCUUGUGCAUCAUCACGCACCUGUGCAGUAUCCCUGAAGCCCCACUCAGAGAUGGUGCAACAGAGCCUCCCUCACAGCAGGACCCUCAGGGCCCAUCACUGUCCGCAGAUGGGAUGCGUGAAUACGGUUCCAUUGAGAAAGUUAAAAAUGGAGGUGCAGACACAGAGCUGCCAGUGCAGGAAGGGAAAAACAAAAAGCCUUCUGGACAGAAUCAGAAGACAAUGUCGAUGAAGUCGCUGCUUCGGGCGCUAGUGACCAUGCCGUCGCAUUACCGCUGCCUUUGCAUCAGCCACCUCAUUGGAUGGACCGCCUUCCUGUCAAACAUGCUCUUCUUCACAGAUUUCAUGGGACAGAUCGUAUACCACGGGGAUCCCUACGGCGCACACAACUCCACGGAGUUUCUCAUCUAUGAAAGAGGAGUCGAGGUCGGAUGUUGGGGCUUGUGCAUCAACUCUGUGUUUUCUUCAGUUUAUUCUUACUUUCAGAAGGCUAUGGUCUCCUACAUUGGAUUAAAGGGCCUUUAUUUCAUGGGAUAUUUGCUCUUCGGCCUGGGAACAGGAUUCAUAGGACUCUUUCCAAGUGUGUACUCCACCCUGGUCCUCUGCUCUAUGUUUGGUGUAAUGUCCAGCACACUGUACACCGUGCCCUUUAACCUCAUCGCUGAGUACCACCGUGAGGAGGAGAAAGAGAGGCAGCAGGAAGGACCAGGAGCCCCUGACAACCACAACCCCGGGCGAGGCAAAGGUGUGGACUGUGCUGCUCUCACCUGCAUGGUGCAGCUGGCGCAGAUCUUGGUCGGAGGUGGCCUGGGCUUCCUGGUCAACAUGGCUGGGAGCGUCGUCGUGGUGGUGAUCACGGCCUCUGCUGUGGCACUGAUAGGCUGUUGCUUUGUGGCUCUCUUCGUUAGAUAUGUAGAUUAGAUUCCUAAGAGACAGGGUCCCAAACCUCAGACAAAAGACGCCCAUGGCAAGAAAUAACUUUUUUUUUGACACGAAGUCAGUUUUAAUUACCUGUCACUUCAUAAAAGAGAAAAUACGCAAACCACAUGUAGUAACAGAGCAUGGAGAGCUUCCUGAAGAAACACAUAGGAAUAGAGACAGGCAGGGCCCAGGAAGCCAUCUGAACCCAGGGAGGCGGCAUCCAGGGGGGCUUCAAGACCUGGGCCAGGCUCAGCCACUCUGGGGGAUGAAGCUUGGAGAUCAAGUCCUGGGCUCGGCGGGCACCGAUGAGGAAACUUGAAAUCCACCUGGCGGAUGCGUCUGCAUGUCUCACUGGAGGUGUUGCUCUCCAAGGGUGGCUUUCCCACCAGCAGCUCAUAGCAGAGCACCACAGAUCAACCGUCUCAUUGUAUGUUCUCCUCUCUGUCAGUACACACACUGUCCUGCACAUUGUCUUUCUCCAGACAGACCACCCGAAGUCUGCGACCUUCCCCUCACCCCUGAGGCCCAGCAGGAGACUCCCUGUGAAUCACUGUGUUCUCCUGGCAGUCGGUCAAGGCAGCCGACAACUCCUCUAUUAUGGUGGCUGUACGCUGCUGGUUCAACUUCUGCUUUCUCUGAAGCUCCUUAUAGAGUUCCCCUCCUGCAGCAUAUUCCAGAAUUAAGUACCCUUGAGUGUCAGCAUGGAAGUAGUUGUACAGGCGAAGGAUAUUCGGGUGUGGUAGGUGUGCCUGGAUCUCCACUUCCCUGCGAAGUUGAUGUUCCAAUCCCUCCUUCUCUAUCUCAGGCUUGAAAAGAAUCCUCAGGGCCACAGUGAAAUGAUUUUCCUUGAAAUCACCCUUUUCUCGGACUCUUCGGCGUUGGGGACGAUAUGCCCCAGUUUGGCACUGAGUCUUGCAUGUACCCUGUGGGGACAGGUGUGGUGGGAUUGCCCGUUCCCCUGUAUUCUUCCUUACUGCCCUUCAAUGCAGGGAUGGGAGAGUCAAGCUCUGCUUCUCAAGAGAAUUCCAAGCCUUCAUAACAUCUGAGGAGCAAAUGCAUCCUACCUGUGAUGCUUAUAAUGUAAUUUUAUAAAAAAGCGAUUCCUAUACUAUUGGGAAAUCACAUAUUUCAUCAAAAUCAGAAGUACUUAAAAUAUGGCUGAGUAUUUCUUUCAUGGUGUUGAUUUAUUCAGAUUUAAUUUGCUCAUAAUUAAUUCCCGUUAACGGAUGACAUUCUGAACAAGCCUGCGUUGGAUGCCUCAUUCUGGGAGGUCUGCACCUUAAAAGCAUUCACUCAUUUCAUUGAUGUAGGGAAACUAUUUUUCUUGAGUCUGUACCUUCACUUCAUGCUCUGAAAUUGACACUUUGAAGAAACAAUUCCUAGGUUUCUUCCAGGAUAUGAUCUUACCUCAAAAAAAAAAAAAAACCCAAAAAA